CCAGCUGAGGACCUCAGGAGGAGGGAUCCUCUCACGGAACCUGAUUAGCAGCCACUGAGCAAGGGCCUGCGGAGCCAGGGGAUGGAUCCAAACUCCAGCUUGCAUUCUCCUCCAUCCCAGGCCUGCUUGCACCUGGCACAACCUUGUAUAGAAGAUGGAAGAAGCCUGUCCCUCCAAGAGCAGGGCAGAGACUCCCCGUUCCUCUGGAGACAGGUCCCCAGUUCUAGCAUUGCCGACCCUGACUGGUUUUGGGAUGAACACAUCCAGGCAAAGAGGGCCAGAGUAGAGACCAUUGUCCGAGGCAUGAGUGUCUCCCCUAACCCUCUGGUGCCAGGCAGCACCCCAGCCAGGGACAGCCUGUGCUGUCCAGAGAAGUCCCGGGAGCGGAAGAGGAAGCAGAGCCUUCCCGUGCAGCAAGGCCCCCUGAAGCCAGGCCCUGCCGGGGACCGGGGCAGCAGGAAGGGGGGCCCUUGGGUGAGAGAACAGCUUCACCUGCUGAAGCAACAGCUGAGACACCUGCAAGAGCACAUCCUGCAGGCUGCUGGGCCCAGGGCCACAGCUCAGGGCCCAGGAGGCUCUGAGACGGGAAGGGGCCCUCUGGGGGUAAAGCAGAGGAAUGGCUGGGGGUCUAGGCCCUGGGGGGUGGACAGCGACCAACACCAGGGUUCCAGCAGGGGCCGCUUCGUGGCAGAGAAACACAGAGUGUGUGAGGGCAAAACCCAGUCUGAAGAAUCCAGGUUCCUUCCUUCUGGAGCAGGGGCUUUGCUGGAGAUUCUGAAGAAAGAACUGACUGGAGCAGUAUCGCAGGCUGUGGACUCAGUAUUACAAAAGGUGCUAUUGAAUCCUCCGGGCCCCCUGACACAGCUAGGCAGAAGCUUCCAGGGGCUGGUGCCGGAUGGCAAAAGCGAGCCCUGCCCUCCUGAGGGAGGUGCCUGUAAAGACCCACUUCCUCUGGCUGCCUUGCCCACGAGGGCCCAGCCACAGGCAGGGCUUCCACUGGGAACCUUAUCUCUGGCCAAACCUCUAGAUCCUCCCAACUACCCUGUCUCUCCAAGAAUGAUCCCCAAACCCUAUCAGGGGCCCCCAGCAAACUGUCCUUUGGCUGUGCCUCCUCACAGUCAGGAAGGCCAGGUGCUCACCCAGCUACUGGGCCGUGGACCCAGAGGCCACUGGCACGGCAGUCUCUCCCAGGACUCAUCUCCCCAGAGUCAGCCUUCCUCAGAGGUGGCCCUGCGACCUUGGGGAGCUGCCAAAAUGCGACCACUGGCUUUGAGGCAGCAGCAGUGCCCCUGGCCUUUCACGUCCACCUGUCUGGAAAGACUGCCCCUUAUUCCUUCAGUGAAGACGGAGCAGGAUGGCCUUCAGGCUGUCACGAAUGCACUUCCUUUCCCUUCAUCACACAUCCAGGAGGGCCUCAAUCCGGGUCACUUGAAGAAGGCCAAACUGAUGUUUUUCUUCACACGCUAUCCCAGCUCCAACCUCCUGAAGGCUUAUUUCCCGGAUGUUCAGUUCAACCGUUGCGUUACCUCCCAGAUGAUCAAGUGGUUCAGCAACUUUCGUGAGUUUUACUAUAUCCAAAUGGAGAAAUUUGCCCGGCAAGCAAUUUCAGAUGGUGUCACAAAUCCCAAAAUGCUGGUGGUUCUCCGCGACUCAGAACUUUUUCGGACUCUCAAUAUGCACUAUAACAAGGGGAAUGACUUUGAGGCCCCAGACUGCUUCUUGGAAAUCGCCAGCUUGACAUUACAGGAGUUCUUCAGGGCUGUCUCCGCAGGCAAAGACUCAGAUCCUUCCUGGAAGAAACCCAUUUAUAAAAUUAUUUCGAAACUGGACAGUGACAUUCCAGAGAUAUUCAAAUCUUCCAGCUAUCCCCAGGAGCUGUUUCGGAAUUAA